UCAGUUGGGGGAAGGCGGCUUUCACCCUGGCUGAUAGCUCUGUGACCUGCGUCUGUCUACUGGAUGAACUCUGCUGGAAGAUGGAACACAGCAGAUUUCUGUCUGGUCUGAUACUGACUGCCCUUCUCUCCCAAGUGAGCCCCUCCCAUAUCGUUGUGGAAGAACUUGAGGACAAAGCAUUUGUGAGAUGCAAUGCCACCCUCACUUGGAUGGAAGAAACGGUAGAACAACGGUUAGAAGGGGGUAAAGUUCUGAACUUGGGAAAACGCAUCCUGGACCCACGAGGAGUGUAUAGGUGCACUGAUACAACAAACGAAAUCAACAGAACAACUACUCUGCAAGUAUACUAUCGAAUGUGUCAGAACUGUGUGGAGCUGGACUCAGCCACGCUGGCGGGCAUCAUCAUCACUGAUAUCAUUGCCACCGUGCUCCUCGCUGUGGGAGUCUACUGCUUCGCUGGACACGAGACGGGAAGGUUCUCCAGGGCUGCUGGCACGCAAGCUUUGUUGGGGAAUGACCAGCUCUAUCAGCCCCUUCGAGAUCGGAACGAUGCUCAGUACAGUCGUCUUGGUGAGAAAUGGGCUCGGAACAAGUGAACCUGGGGCUGGUGGCUUCGAGGCGCGUUGGUUAUCGACUGGACCUUCUCUCCUUGCUCAGCCAAGAAAGAUAUCUUCCUCCACUCAGCAGGUGCCUGGACUUUUGAAGGCUCCUGGGCAAGGCAUGGGAGCGGCCCUUACUUGGCUGGGCCCUUGCCCUCCCUGCCCACUUGUUCUUUCCUUCGUCACUUCCCUCCUCUGCUCGACCUGGACCGUGUGAUGGGCAGCCUCCCACCAUAUCUUGGCCCACUGGUGUUUCUGUCCUGGUGGGCUCCCUGGGUGCAGGAUUGGCCCCACCACACUCUCUUGGCUCCAGUCCCCUAUUACAACCCUUCUACGGCUUUGACUUCCUCACCGCAGCGGAGGGCGGGCUGCUGUGUGUUGGGACACAGCCACUCAAAAGUUUCCAUGACAUCAUGAGCAGAGGUGGCAGAGACAUCAAGGGCCCUGGGGAUUACUUCUCAUCAAGGCUCCGAGAGUGUGUGUGACAAAGUCCUACUGCGGCUAAGGAGCUGGCCUUGGCUCUAUGACCCCCGUGGAGUGGUAGCCACUACCUAUGAGGAAGUCCCAGCCAAGGCCCCUUCAGUACCCUUUUCCCCUGUAUAGAAGCUACCAUUCUAUUUUCUUUCCCCAGAACCUGUCCCUGCCUGCCCCUGCCUUCUGCAUAAUAAACUGGCAUCAGAAACUCUUCAUCCAUUAAAAUAUAUUAUCCUCCUCCACCCAUUUGGAAAGCUGAAGCCUGAGACUGGGUGGGGAAUUGGGAUAUUUUGGGAUGUCAUCAUAGCUAUUGGGCUAGUGGUGGUUCUGAAACUUUGGGAUUUAUUUUUAAAAAUACACACUUGGGUCCCACUUGGGGACACUCUUGGGUCCCUAGAUGAUUCUGAAGCAGCACCAAUUCAGAGAAUCUCUGGUUUAGAGGAAGAAUUGAAGCCACUUACUCUUUUGUGUCUUUUAGGCCCGUUCAUGUCUACCGUGGGUGGGAAUCCCUCUGUUUUUUGUUCUCUGCAUAAGAGUAAUUCAAUAAAGUUUAGGACAAUUUAAUUCAAUAAACUUU